CUCUCCUGUGUCAGACAUCAGCAGGAGUCACUGCAGACUUGUUUCCCUUCUCCUCGCGGUACUUUUUUGUUGUUAUUUUUGUUCCUGGGAAGUACCAUGCCGGUGGUUGGCGUAGCCUCCAAGCUCAGGCAGCCGUCCGCGGUGAGCUGCAAGCCGGUGCACACCGCUCUCCCCAUCCCCAGCGCGGUCAGGGCAGCCGCCUCGCAGGGCUACGUGGCCCGGCAGCAGGAGCUCAGGGCAGGUGAUGGCGCCCGGGGGCUCUCCUGCCAGCUGUCAAUCAAGUCGGAGAACCAGCAGCAGGAGAGGACACCUGAAGGGAAGUCCAGAGCCGAGACGGAGGAGAGCAAGAUCUGCAAGAUUUACACAGACUGGGCCAAUCACUAUCUGGCCAAGUCUGGCUGUCAGCGCCUCAUCAAGGACCUGAGCCAGGACGUGACCGAUGGAGUCCUGCUGGCCCAGAUCAUCCAGAUCAUAGCAAACGAGAAGGUGGAGGAUAUCAAUGGCAGCCCCAGGAGCCAGUCGCAAAUGAUCGAGAAUGUGGACGCCUGCCUCAGUUUCCUGGACGCCAGAGGAGUGAAUGUACAAGGGCUCUCAGCAGAAGAGAUCAGGAAUGGCAACUUAAAGAGCAUCCUGGGCCUCUUCUUCAUCCUGUCGCGCUACAAGCAGCAGCAGCAGCAGCAGCAGCAGUACUACCAGUCCCUGGUGGAGCUCAGCCAGCAGACCAGCAGCACCGCACCGUCCGCCAGCAGCCUCAAGACGCAAGACAUGCAGUCCAGUCUCACAGCACGAUAUGCAAGUCCUCCGGGCCACAGUGGAAUAGGGUCACCGCAGAAGAAAAACACCAGGCUACCAGGCCCCUCCAGAGUACCUGCUGCAGGCAGCGGGGCCUCCAGGAGCCCCGGCUCGUCCAACCUCAACCGCCGCAGCCAGAGCUUCAACAGCAUCGACAAGAGCAAGCCUCUUCAGUAUGCCAGCGGCAACGACAGAGAAGCGGUGAGGGGUAUCCCAUUACCCGGCGGGAUGAAUGGGAGCGGUCUUGGUGGGACGGUUCCCACCAGCCUCAGCGGGCAGCAGCUGGCCUCUGCCAUCCCCUCACCCACUGCCGGCAAGUCCUGGCGCAGCAAGUCCAUGAACCUCAAGCACAGCGCCACUUCGUCCAUGCUGGCAAGCCCCACGCACUCACCCUCACCCAGCCUGUCACCCAAGGCCUCUGAAGGCCUUCAGCCGCACGGAAGCGAUGGGUCCAAAGUCGGGUCAGCCGGCGGUGGUGGACCCCAGAGGUCCAUGCUGGAGAAGUUCCGCCUGAUUAACCCAAGAUCGGCUUCACGAGCGUCUCCGUCUGUGGCAGAGAUGGCUCUGCAGGAGGAGGAUGACCUGUCGGAGUACGGUGAGGAUGGGUUGACGCCUACGGGUUCGGUGUGCAGCAGCAGCAGUAGCAGUGCUACGGCCAAGCAAAUGUCUGCCAAAUCCUCUACACCGUCCCUCACUGCACCAGGCAAGACUUCCACUUCUUCCUUCCCCUCCUCUUCAUUUUCAAAAGCGUCUGCCAAUGGCAGCAGGUCCAUGGCCUCGUCCAAAGACAGGGAGGACAAAAGCAGAUCUGGGAAAUCUUCUAAGGACAGCUCCCCAGCCAAAGAGGAGCGUGAGUCAUUUGCUGACCCCACCAAGAAGAGCUCCAAAAUUGCCAGCCUCAUCCCCAAAGGAGGGAAGCCGUCUUCUGGAAAGAAAGAUGGCGGCGCCUCCCCGGCUUCCAGCAGCAUCCCUAAGCCGGGACUAAAAGCUCCCUCCAGCACGACGUCCAAGCCUCAGAGUCCGCCACAGAGCCAAAGCCAGGCCGCCUUAAACAGCAGCGGCAACAUGCGGGGUGGAGACGGGGACAGAGCCAAGCUGACGAAAGGAGGGCAGAGUGGGAGUUUCUAUAUCCAGCGCUCCAGUGGGGCCCCAGAGGGCAAAAGGACCAACAUGACCUCCUCCACCAGCACCUCAGCCCUGUCUGGGUCCAGUGGGAUGCUGGGAGGAGGAGGAGGAGGAGGAGGAGGAGGAGGAGGAGGAGGAGGAGGAGGAGGAGGAGCGCUUGGAGGGAACGGAGUAGUUCAGCUUCCUCAGCAGCAACAGCACAACCACCCCAAUACUGCCACUGUGGCCCCCUUCAUGUACAGGACAUUCUCAGAAAACGACUGCACCAUGGUGGCCCCAGCAGACCCCUGCCUCAGCCCCACCAAGGGAGAGCUGGUCUACAGCAAGACAGCCAAACAGUGCCUGGAGGAGAUAUCAGGAGAGGAUCCUGAGACAAGACGCAUGAGGACGGUGAAGAACAUCGCUGACCUGCGGCAGAACCUGGAAGAAACCAUGUCCAGUCUACGGGGGACACAGAUCAGCCACAGUACGCUAGAGACAACCUUCGACACCACGGUAACCACUGAGGUCAAUGGGCGGAGUCUACCAGCCCUCACCACACGCUCCUCCCCCAUGGCCUGGCGUCUGGGCCAAUCACAAACCCCGCGUCUCCAGGCAGGCGACGCCCCCUCAAUGCCCAACAGCUAUGCUGCGCCCAGGGCCAGCACGACGAGCGCUGGCACCACCACGGGGCGCUACAGCGGGCACUCGGACCCCUCCAGGUUUGUGUACAGCGCCCCCCUGAGGCGAGCAGCAGGGGCAAAGGGGGCGGAGCAGGGGGAGAAGGGAGGAGGAGGGCUGGAAGGAGGGAAGCAGAUGGAGAUGGCAGGGUACAUGAGUGAUGGGGACCUCCUAGGGAGGAGCGGCCGGAUGGAUGAGAUCACCAGCGGAUACCUAACAGACGGCGGCCUCCAUCUGUAUGCACGCAACGCAGGCCGAGCCUCAGACGGGGCUUCUUCUCGAGAAGCCUCCCAGCGCGGGAGCAAAGAGAUGCAGGGCGACAUAGACAGUUGGGACGACAGCAGCUCUGUGAGCAGCGGCCUGAGCGACACAUUGGACAACAUCAGUACCGAUGACCUGAACACACCCUCCUACUCCGCUGUCAGCUCAUCACGCAAAAGCAAGGGAGUGCAGUCCCAGAGAGAAAGCAGGUCCAAGCAUGCAGAGCAGGAAGUGAGCAGCAGCUGGGCCGGAGCCGAGGACCUGAAGAAGGUGGAAGAGGAGCUGGACACAAGCAUGGACCCCAGCAGCGGCUCCUCCCGCUGGAAGCCUUCCUCAUCCUCCUCUUCCUCUCAAGCCCAGGGCCAGUAUGAAGACGCCAGUCAGAAGGCCGCUGCCCUGGCCCAGAUGUCCCAGACAGGCUCGUGGAGGAGGGGCAUGACGGCCCAGGUGGGCAUCACACCACCCAGGAAUAAGGGUACCUCUGCUGCCCACAAAACACCAGGCAAAACUGAUGAUGCUAAGGCCUCUGAGAAGGGCAAGGCGCCUUCCAAGAGUUCAGCUGCCAUCCAGCGCUCACCCUCAGACGCUGGGAAGAGUAGUGGAGAUGAAGGUAAGAAACCUCCCUCUGGCAUUGGACGCCCACCCACCACUGCUUCUUUUGGAUACAAGAAGAUCCAGGGUCCCAGUGGUACCCUAAUCACCUCCAGUGGUGCAACGCUCGCCAGCGGCUCAGCCACCCUGGGCAAGGCGCCCAAAUCCUCAGCUGCCCUCGGCAAAGGCACAGGCAUCGGCAGUGUGCGUAAGACCAGCCUGGAUGGCUCGCAGCCCCAGGAUGACGGCAUCCUACUCAGCUGCAGUGGCUCCAAAGUGACCCUGCAGUACCGCUCUCUACCCAGACCGGCCAAAUCCUCCAGCGGGGUGGCAGCCGGGCGCAGCGGGCAUCGCUCCAGUUCCAGCAGCAUCGACUCCAACGUUAGUGGCAAGUCAGCUGGAGGGGCAGCGACACAAGCGGGUGCCAAACGCAGGGAUGGAAAAGUGGGCUCAGACCGCUCCAGUCCCAUCACCAUCAACCAGACAGACAAGGAGAAAGUGGCGGUGUCAGACCAGGACACCACAGCUGGACUAUCCACCUCCCCCAAGUCCAGCCCCACCUCCAGUUCAACAGGCCAGUCAGGCCUCAGGCAGCCCGGCUCCAAGUACCCAGAUAUUGCUUCUCCUACUUUCCGCAGAUUGUUUGGCACCAAAGCCAGCAGCAAGGCCAGCUCUCCGGGCACUCCCGACUCUGGCAAGUGCCCCUCAAUACUGGGCAGCCCCCACGGCACACUGGCGAGGCAAGCCAGCCUGGACUCACCAUCCUCUGGCACUGGGAGCCUGUGCAGCGCUGGCGGCCUGAGUGGUGGCAGCAGCCCACUGUACGGUAAAACCCCAGACCUGUGCACUGACUCCCCGGCCUCCAGUCCUGCCUCUGGCCUCUCCCUGCCCUCCAGCGCUCGCCCCUGGCCUGCAUGUAGCUCCUCAGCUGGCAGCAAGGACACACUGAGCUGCCAAAGCAUGACCAGUCUGCACACCAGCUCUGAGUCCAUUGAUCUGCCGCUAGGCCACCAUGGGCCCAAGGUUACACGAACCGGCAGUGUCAAGUCCACCCUGUCUGAGGGCAUGCCUCUUGACAGAAACACGCUUCCCAAAAAGGGACUGAGGUACCCUCCGUCCUCCCGGCAGGCGUCCCAUGAGGAAGGGAAGGAGUGGUUGAGGUCCCAUUCAACAGGGGGACUUCAGGACACAGGCAGCCAAUCCCCAUUGUCUCCUCCUGGAGCUUCCUGCACCACUACUGGAAAAUACCACUACUCCAACCUGCUGAGCCCCACCAACAUCAGCCAAUAUAACCUGCCACCAGGCAGCAGCAGCAUGAGCCGUUCCAACAGCAUCCCUGCCCAGGACUCAUUUGAACUGUACGGAGAGGGUCACCCACUGGGUGGUAGCGCAACCUCCCUGGAGGACCGGCCACGGGCCAUCAGCCGCUCCGGCUCCUUCAGGGACAGCACUGACGAAGUCCAUGGCUCUUCAUUGUCUCUGGUCUCCAGCACGUCUUCACUGUACUCUGCGACGGAGGAGAAAGCCCACUCAGAGGGCCAAACAGUCCAAAAUUCCACGCAAAUCAGAAAGCUGCGUCGGGAGCUGGACGCCUCUCAGGAGAAGGUGGCGACCCUGACGUCUCAGCUGUCUGCCAAUGCUCACCUGGUGGCGGCCUUUGAGAAGAGCCUGAGCAACAUGACCUGCCGCCUGCAGAGCCUCACCAUGACCGCUGAACAAAAGGAGACUGAGUUGGUUGAGUUGAGGGAGACAAUAGAGACACUGAAGACCCAGAACACUGACGCUCAGACAGCCAUCCAGGUGGCGCUCAACGGCCCUGACCACCUACACAAAGACCUGCGGAUUAGACGGCAGCACUCAUCAGAAAGCAUGUCCAGCAUCAACAGCGCAGCCAGUCACUCCAGCAUGGGCAGUCUGGGCAAGGACGCCGAAGACAAGAAGAAGAAGAAGAAGAGCUGGGUGGCUGAUACCAUCCCGGCUCAGUUGCGCAGCUCCUUCAAGCAGGCGUUCAGCAAGAAGAAAACCAAAUCCCAGUCCCACGACGAGAUGGAGGAGAUGACCGACUCGCUGCCAUCAUCGCCCAAACUGCAGCACGACAACCGGCAAGGCAGCAUCGCCACGCUGCAUUCUUCGCCCUCCACCACAGACAAGUGCGUUUGCGAUAGCAAGUCCUCUCCCAUUUGGACGCCAAAGAAAAGGCAAAACGGUCAUGUGGUCUACAAGCACAGAUCUCGGCUAUGCGAAUGCACCGAAGCCGAGGCGGAGACCAUCCUCCAGCUGAAGAACGAGCUGAGGGAGAAAGAGCUCAAGCUGACGGACAUCCGCCUGGAGGCGCUCAGCUCCGCCCACCACCUGGACCAGAUCCGAGAGGCCAUGAACCGCAUGCAGAAUGAGAUCGAGGCGCUGAAAGCAGAGAACGAUCGCCUCAAGUCCAGCGGUAACGCAACACCAACAGCCACGCCCGUCAAGACGGCCCGCCCGCCCUCCGAGACCUCCAGCACGUCUUCGUCCUCCUCCCGUCAGUCCUUGGGGCUGUCGCUCAACAACCUCAACAUCACGGACACCAUCAUGUCAGAUAUUCUGCUAGAUGACGGCUACGAGGGCAAUCUACGCAAAGAGGGCCGGAGUGUGCGAAUAGUGGUUACCAUCAACAGUGGGCCAUACAGCACCAAGGGUACACAAAGCCAUGCGUACCUGAUUGGGUCUAUAGGUGUGAGUGGGAAAACCAAGUGGGAUGUUCUGGAUGGAGUCAUCAGACGCCUCUUCAAGGAGUAUGUGUUUCGGGUGGACCCUCUGACCAGUCUGGGUCUCAGCUCAGACAGCAUCGUCUGCUACAGGAUGGGCGACGUGGUUCGCUCCCACACCUCCGAAGUGCCUGAGCUGCUGCCCUGCGGCUACCUGGUGGGCGAUAACAACAUCAUUAAGGUCAACCUCAAAGGUGUGAGGGAGAACAGUAUAGACAGCCUGGUGUUCGACACGCUGAUUCCGAAGCCCAUCAUCCAGCGGUACCUCAACCUGUUGAUGGAGCAUCGCCGUAUCAUCCUCUCAGGACCCAGCGGCACUGGUAAAUCCUUCAUGGCUGCCAAGCUGGCCGAGUACAUCAUUUCCCAGAUGGGGCAGCAGGUGACCGAGCACAACGUUGCCAGUUUCAACGUCGACCAGAAUUCCAGCAAGGACCUACGUCAGUACCUUUCCACCCUGGCAGAACAGUGCAGCUCUGAGGAGACGGACACAGAGCUCCCCACUGUGGUGAUCCUGGACAACCUCCACCACAUCGGCUCCCUCAGUGACAUAUUCAAUGGCUUCCUCAACUGCAAGUACCACAAAUGCCCUUAUGUUAUUGGGACCAUGAACCAGGGAGUGUCCUCCUCUCCUAACCUCGAGCUACACCACAACUUCAGGUGGGUGCUGUGCACCAACCAUACCGAGCCGGUCAAAGGUUUCCUGGGCCGCUUCCUGCGGCGGAAGCUGAUAGAGACGGAGAUCGAUAAGAACAUGCGCAGCAACGACCUUAUUAAGAUCAUCGACUGGAUCCCCAAGACCUGGCAGCACCUCAACGGCUUCCUGGAGGCACACAGCUCCUCCGAUGUCACCAUAGGCCCCCGUCUCUUCCUGUCAUGUCCCAUGGAUGUAGAAGGCUCUCGGGUUUGGUUCACUGACCUGUGGAACUACUCCCUGGUGCCCUACCUGCUGGAGGCUGUCAGGGAAGGGCUGCAGCUAUACGGCAAGAGAACAGCAUGGGAGGAUCCAUCCAAGUGGGUGAACGACACGUAUCCAUGGAACGCCGCCUCGCUGCAGCAGGACGGCCAGUCACUGCUCCAACUGAGGCCGGAGGACGUGGGAUACGACGGCUACAGCUCAUCCAAGGAGGGAGCCUCGUCCAAGCAGGUGUCUCAGAGUGACACAGAGGGAGACCCGCUGAUGAACAUGUUGCUACGGCUACAGGAGGCAGCUAACUACUCCAGCACACAGAGCUGCGACAGCGACAGCACCAGUCACCAUGACGACCAGCUGGACUCCUCGCUGGAGUCUGCACUAUGAGACCAAGAGCGUUAUUGCGCUGGGAGACAGCGGACCCCCUCCAACCUGGGAACCUUUGAGCCUCCGUCGCUACCAGACACCUGUAUAGUGCACAGAUGUAUGGUGUAUGAAAAGUUUUAUUAUCCAAAAUGGUAUACCCACCAUUUGAAAGAAAACACAUAUUUUUUACAUUACAAUGGUGCAAUAUUAAAUCAAAUUAGUGUGUGUUUUAAAGAGCAGUAGCCAACUUCUCCGCCUCAGUGGUAAAAAUGAUAAACAAUCGUCUGAGUUGGAUCCACAAAUAUAUAUAUUUUAAACACAUCCACUAAUAAAGUCAGUUAGUCCUUUUUUAAUGGAUGUAUAACAUUUGAGAAUACAACUUUUCAUAUGUGCAGGCAGGAUGUGUCUGACAAGGGACAGCAUUUCCUCUGAAGUUGACUUCCAAGGAGUAAAUCACAUUUGUGCUCAGCCAUGAGGAGCCACAGGUCAGCCCAUUAUUUUAACUUUGGGUAUCAGAAAAAAAAGAGAAAGCCACGAGUUUGAACUGGAUUUUUCUUUUUUUCCUUCUUCUUUUGUUAAUCCCAGAUAUAUAUCUUCAGAUGUUUACAGUGGGGGGGUGGCAGGUUCUCUUGUUAAUGUAUUUCCUUGUUUACAGAGGUGCUUCUCACAAAAACAUAUACACUCAUGCACUUACACACAGGCAGCAGGAGGACACUGUCCUUUAAUCAGAGGCUUUGAUUGGUUUUUAAGCCCCCAUGUGACCAACAAACCAGCCUGCCAAAGUGUCCUUGAGCAAGGCACUGUUUAUAGCACCCUGGGACCCUCGUCUCUGACCCUAACCUAUUGAGGGAGUCAAGGAAGAGGAGAGGAGUGUUUUUAGGCAAUAUAAUGCCCUUUGGCGGCCACAACGGAGGCUAUCAGCUGUUAGAAAACUGUCCGUAAACCAUUAGAUUCAUCACAGGUCCAUCAGAUUGAUUGUGUGCUUCAAUAAUGUCUGACACAGUCAACAAUCAGCUGUUUAUCUGAACUGGCUCCUCCUAAGUUAGUAUAUCGGAGUGGAUUCAGAGCUGAGGGACACUUUUCUGUCUCAUCGUUUAGCACUAUAGUCACCUUAUUAGGGUGACUUUGCCUUUUUUGAGCAUAAAGACAAUUCUGCACCACCAUGAUGACAUCAUAUGUGGUUGAUUUGAGACAUUUGCAAAACCCUCCUCAGCCCAGCUAGGAUCAUGACAAUUACCAUUUUCAUAACAUAACACGUACACAUAGGGCACACAACCCUUCUGCUCUGUGUUGUUUGUUUUUUUAAGAUUCUUUUUUGGUCUUUUCCGCCUUUAAUCGAUAGGACAGCUAGGUGAGAAAGGGGAGAGAGAGGGGGAAGACAUGCAGGAAAUCGUCACAGGUCGGACUCAAACCCUUGACCUCUGCGUCGAGGCAUAAGCCUCUCAGUAUAUGCGCGCCUGCUCUACCCACUGAGCCAACCCGGCCACCCCUUCUGCUCAGUUGUCAGUUGGGCUUCAUGGUGCUGGUCUCCUGUCCUGAGCCUCCUCAGUGUCAGGCACUGCCAAGCCGCUCCUCACUGACCUGCAUGCCAACAACAAGCACAAGAAAAGUGGAUUGUCUGUGUGUCAUCCAGCCACGUUGCUGCUGUGAAGAAAACAAAAUGGACAAGUGCCAAUGUUUCCCUUUGAUUUACUGCCAAAUGUCCACAUACACACAACCACACAUACACACGGGACUUCACAUCGCAAUGCACAGCUGAUCAUGGUUGUAAACUUAGAUUACUUUGUUCUUGGCCUUCCAUGCUCUACAGCCUGUUGUCACUCCAUAGCUUACAAUGCACCAUAUUACAGCAGGCGCCGCCUUCUGUGGGUCCUCACAGAACUGUCCCAAUCGACCGUUCGUUAAACGCCUCACUUGAACAGCGAUUGUCCAAUCAUUAGCAACCAUAACUCGGCAACUCUGUCAAGCUUUCUUCACGUCAGUGGUGUGCAUGGAGAUGUAGUUUGAGAGAUACUCAGCAUUUAAAGACUUUGGUGUGUUAGUUGCAAAUGUUAGCACGAUUGGCUAACUCUCCUACUACCUACAGUAGUAACCAAGCAUAACCUGCUCUUUAUUAAAUUAGGGGAAGCAACACUCCAGCAACCCCAGCCAAUAUUACUCUGACAUAGCAUUUGCCAAACACAAGGGUUAGCCCUCAACCUAAAAGGAUUUUCUCUUGUAACAUUAAAAAGUGAAAACAUACUGGAUCAACAACUGGUUGGAUGCUAACUGUUUCCUGUUAUGCAGCUUUAUCUUUAGUAUUUUAGCCAAAUAUCAUGGAUGUAGCCAUCAAGUCCACAUUUAAGACCCAUUUACAAGAUUUGGAAAAGUGUAUAACGUUAGACUAAUUAGCUAGCUAGCUACAGCUUCUGGCAAAUAUGCUAUGGUUAUUGUAAGCUGUAUAGGUGUGAGAAUUGAAAGCUUGACAGGGCGUAGCAACGUUUGCGAACGAGGGCGUGGCUUAGCGAACAGUUAAUUGCAAAUAGCUGAAUUCUUGUGACAUUUGUGUUAUCCUACAUGGAGAACCAAGCGGGUGGGGCUUGCUGCAACAGGGAAAUUCAGAAAGUAACAGAAAAGCAGUAUACUGACUUUGACAAAUGUCAAGGCCUUCACUCCAACAGAUAUGAAUCUGAGCUAAUCAAUCAGCAAAGUAUUUGUAAUAUUGAAUUGAAUGAGCUGACAGUGUCCUGCUUGGAACUUUCUGGCACUCUUGUUCAGCAUCUGCACCCACUGCCUUAAAUGUGCAAAAGUUUGGGAGGCAUCCUCUGCUCCCAUUGGCUAAAGUGAGAAGAAGAGAUGCUAAUGUCAAAUGACGAUGAUGAUGAUGAUGAUGAUGAUGAUGAUGAUGAUGAUCUGCUUCCUGCUACAUCAAAGAAACUGCUUGUAGUUGGAAAAACAGCCUCUUUUGUUUUUUUGGGACUCCCUCUUCCUCCAAACCGCCCUUUCUUGUUUCUGACAGUAAAAGUAUAAAAGAGUUGAUGCUGUAUUUGAAUUUAAAACUGACCAAUAUCGUAAAAACAUUUUAAAAAGGGGUGUGGUAUUUUUAAGUUGUUGUUUUUCGCCCAGUUGAGCUGGGCUCACUUGAACUGACAGGAGCACAACCAAACUGUUUUGGGUUUUCUAGCCUGAUGAGCAUGUUUUGAAGCUUUUUAAAGGGGGAAUGCAUUGAGAAGAGACCUUUACCGUUAUGUAUGCGUGUAUUGGACGGAAGCCAUUUUGAAUUUUGAUUGUCCUCUCUUUGUUUAACGCGUGGGUUGGUUUUGCACACUUUGAGGUCGGGGUGGGUUGUAAAUACUUAAGUCUUGCACAGUGAAUCAAAAAUGCAUUCUGCCCUGUUGAUGUUACAAUAUGCUUAACCCGCUGAGUAAAUUAUUGUACUUUGAGAACAGAGAAAAAAAAAAAGAAAUGCAAAAACUCAACACGCUGUCAGAAACAGGUGUGUGUCUUGUGGUGAUUGGAUGUUUUGCCUAUGCAGGAGGCAUACGGUGUACAGUAAGAAACCGUUUUUAACUCACUAAUAUCACAGACUGAGAACAAAAAAAUGGGCACUUUUCCAGUAUUCCCCCCCUCCUGCCAUAAUAUUCUCUGGAUCCUCUCCAUCUUUAGGAAUGCCUGUUGUUCCUUAGAUGCACUUCCUCUCUGGAUAUCUUCACCCAAGCUUACCGCCACCGUUAGGCUUGCUAAGCUGUCCGAGGCACCGAAGCUGACCUGACACCGUACUGUAUACAUUUACCAACAACCCAACAGGUGCUACUGGUCAGUCAAAGCCCAUCAUAGACCAAGAAAUCAUGUUGUCAUAACCUCAGGACAAUCCUAUCCUCUACAAUCCUACCUGUGUUCAGCUUCACACGUGUCUCUGCAGCCAAGCCUCUGAUGGUUCGCACAUAUAUCUGGCCAACUUGGCCAGCCUUGUGUCUGCAAGGGUGUGUAAGUUGCAUGAUAAGGGGGCAGUUAGUUACAGUGGUAACAAGUUGCUCCUUACCUACAGUUACACCCAUGUAUCAAACCUGAGCUUAGAUCUCCCACAAUUCACCCUCUUCUACACUCCCGUUGUAGGCCCUGAGUUUCCAAGCUAGCAGAUUGUUGACACCGUUAUUAGUGUGUCCACCAUAAUGUUGAUGAUCAGCUGGUCAUUUUUCCACACUUACCACUUUGCAGUUACAUCUCAGUUGAAAACCAUAGCAUUUACUCUGGUUUGAGAGAAAGUUUUCUUCUUUUUGGGUGAAACAUUUGUCCUUAAAUGUUUUAUAUUUUGUACAUUUGUAUGUAACAUAUCAUGUAAAUAGACAGAGACAGUGAUUUAACUCAUCUGGAGGAUUUUGUAGUCUUUGUAAAGCCCUAAUAAAUAGUAUUUGGUGUCACACGA